AUGUCGGAGUCUCAGAUCAGCUCCGAGAUGUCAGGGGCUUUCCGGGACCUCCUCCUGAUGCUGCUGAAGGGAGAGAGAGACGAGUCCGCCGAGGAGGGAGACCCGGAAGUGGCGGAGGCACAGGCGGAAACACUGCAUGACACCGACGACAAAAACACCACUUUUGUAGAGGUCCUGGCCAAGUCCUCCAGAGCACAGGUGACCUGUAUCAGGAAGGCCUACGAGGACAAGUACGGACGUUCUCUGGCCAAGACGAUCGAAAAAAAGUUCUUUGGGAAGAUGGAGGAUGCCCUGCUGUCGCUCCUAUUCGACCCCAUCGAGAAUUUCGCCAGGGGCCUGAAGGCCGCCUUCCACGGACUGGGCACGGACAAGGAUGCCGUGUGCCGCAUCCUGGGCGGCAACGACAAGCAAACGUGCCGUUUGAUUGCUGAACGGUUCGAGCAGAAGUACGACCAGUCGCUUGUUGACGCCCUCAAGGACGAGCUCCGAGGAAAAUUCGAGAAAGGUACCGUCGCCUGGGUUUCUGCCAUCGACCCCGCGGCCGGCAAAGAAGGUUUCCGGAUCGCGAGGGAGCCGUGUGAGCAGGAAGACCAGGAGGAGGAAGAGGAGGAGGAGGGAGAGAUAGAGACACCACGCAAGGGAGGGCAACCCGAGGAAGAGGAGGAAGAGGGUAAGCCGGAGGAAGACCCUGAGGAAGGAGAGGAAGAGCCGGACGAAGGAGAGGAGGAGGAGGAAGAAGAAGAAGAAGAAGAAGAAGAAGAGGAGGAACCAGACGACGAGGAGGAGGAAGAAGCAAGGAAGGAGCGCCAGGCGGCCAAAAGGGCUGCCAAGAGGGAAAAGGCCAAGCGCAUGCGGGCUAGAAUGGUCAGGGCCAAGCGCCAGGCCGAGGUGGAGAAAAAGAAGAAGGAGAAGGCCAAGAAGAGGAGGAUGUUCGCUCAGAGGCGAACGUUGCCGGAGAACAUGCGUGCAGCUGCUGCUUUCGUGAUGAUUCUUUUGAGAACGAUACUCCCUCGUAGGUACGGCAGUGACGCCAUCGAGGGUCUCACCGUUUGGGGCAAGUGGGACUCGGAGCUAUACGUGAAGCACAACGAGGACAUCGAGGGAGAGCACGGCUGGUCGCACUUCCGCAAGAGCGGUUUCUCGGAGGGAAGACUCGUGCGCAUCGACAACAACUUCGGCGCUUUCGUGGGCGUGGUAGACAUGUCUGCCUACAUGGACAAGCACGACAUCAACGCCAGCGCCGUCGGAAAAAGGCGUCCGUUCGAGAAGCCUCUGAUCGGAUUCAAGCACUUCGUGGAGACGGGUUGCGAUGAGAGUCUCGACAUCGCCAUCACGCAUGUGGGUGGGACGGUGAUGGUGUUCAUGACAGUGCGACUAUUGUUGAUGCGGAAAUGUUCGCUGCGGCCGUUCGUUGGUGCUGCACAGGUCGUCCCGAUCUACCUCCUUGGGGAUUUCAACCACCGCAAGUACAUCAGUGUCAACAGAAACGCCAAGCAGGAGAUGGAACCCCCGCGGCCGGGAAAGUUCGAUGACGAGGGCUACAGGAAGCUGCACCCGGAAAUCGAGGACGAGGGUUUGGAGCCGUUCGAGCAUUUCAAGGCCAACAGGCGGAACGAAAUCUGCGUGCGCGGAAGAGCGGGCAAGGUUAACAGGAGGUGGUACAAGCGAAAGUACCAGAAGAAAUUCAGGCACUUUUUCAGGGCGGGAUACCGCAAAGGCCUGCACAUUAAGGUAAAGGGACACGCGCUAACCCCCCUGCAGCACUUCUGCACCCUGGGCUUCAAGGAUGGCCGAAAGCUCAGGAUGCAGACAGGAGUCGGGGUGUUCGACGGCAUGGUGGACUUGGAUGUAUUCCUCGAGCUCUACCCUGCGGCUGGUGAGUCCGGCAUGGAGCCCUUGGAGUACUACAUGAAAGAGGGGAAAGCCGCCGGGGACAAGCUACCUCUGACAAAGAUCGACAUGCGUCGGGCGGGUGCUACCUGCAUCGGCGGUGACAGCGCAGCCGCAAACAUGGAGGAGGAAGGAUCCGAAGGCGAUGAUGAUGAUUCAGACGAAGACGACGUAGACUCGAGCGGGGAUGACGAUGGAGACGAUGAUUCAGAUGACGACGAUGACGACGAUGGUGACGAUGAAGACGACGAGGACAACUGAAAUGGCCUUGCACCAGCAGGGCGGUAGCCUUCGCACGCUUGUUUUAUUAUGUAAACAUGUUGGGUUAGGGAUUGUGUUAGGGAUAGGUUCUGCGUACCCCCCCCCUGUUAUAUUUCCUCAUACGCUUCAUUUGUCGCGAAGACGCUUCCAGCAGGGCGACAAGAGCACCAUUAUUCAAGCUUUGUGUUUCUUGGGUAUCAGUGGAGAAGGGAAACCCUGUGGCCCGUCAUCCAAGCAUAGAAGGACGGACACCAACACCCAAUUGCCAAGAGCUCUGCAAUAGACGUUGUUUCUAUGCAUUUC